GCCAGCCAUUUGAUUUCAAAACACCCCUUUUCAAAGAUCUUUAAGUGAGACGUUGCACCGGCCACUGUAGCCAGAGCAGGGCUGGCCCCGCUGAGGCUGCUGACCCAUCAUGCCUACCGUGGAUGACAUUCUGCAGCAGGUUGGGGAAUUUGGCCGGUUCCAGAAGCAAGCCUUCCUGACCCUAUGUCCACUCUCGGCGGCCUUGGCACCCAUCUAUGUGGGCAUCGUCUUCCUGGGCUUCACCCCUGACCACCACUGUCGCAGCCCUGGAGUGGCCGAGCUGAGCCAGCGCUGCGGCUGGAGCCCCGCGGAGGAGCUGAACUACACGGUGCCUGGCCCGGGAGCCGUGGGUGAGGCCUUCCCUGGCCAGUGCAGGCGCUACCAGGUGGACUGGAACCAGAGCACCCUGGGCUGCGUAGACCCCCUGGCCGGCCUGGCUGCCAACAGGAGCCUCCUGCCGCUGGGCCCCUGUGAGCACGGCUGGGUGUACGACACGCCCGGCUCCUCCAUCGUUACAGAGUUCAACAUGGUGUGUGCUGACGCCUGGAAGCUGGACCUCUUCCAGGCCUGCGUGAACCUGGGCUUCUUCCUCGGCUCCCUGGCCAUGGGCUACAUUGCAGACCGUUUCGGCCGCAAGCUGUGUCUCCUGAGCACUGUGCUGGUGAAUGCCAUCGCGGGGGUGCUCAUGGCCCUGGCGCCCAACUACGUGUCCAUGCUGCUCUUCCGUCUGCUGCAGGGGCUGGUCAGCAAGGGCAGCUGGAUGGCUGGCUACACUCUGAUCACAGAGUUUGUUGGCUUGGGCUACAGAAGGACAGUGGCAAUCCUGUACCAGAUGAACUUCACGGUGGGGCUGGUGCUCCUGGCGGGACUGGCCUACGCCAUCCGUCACUGGCGCUGGCUGCAGCUGGCCGUCUCCCUGCCCACCUUCCUCUUCCUGCUCUACUACUGGUGCGUACCGGAAUCCCCUCGAUGGCUGUUAUCACAAAAGAGAAACACUCAAGCGAUAAAGAUAAUGGAACACAUCGCCCAAAAGAAUGGGAGACUGCCUCCUGAUGACUUAAAGGUGCUCUCUCUUGAAGAGGAUGUCACAGAGAAGCUGAGCCCCUCCUUUGCAGACCUGUUCCGCACCCCUGGCCUGAGGAAGCACACCUUCAUCCUGAUGUACCUAUGGUUCUCCUGCUCUGUGGUCUAUCAGGGCCUCAUCAUAUACAUGGGUGCCACCAGUGGGAACCUCUACCUGGAUUUCUUUUACUCUGCUCUGGUUGAAUUCCCUGCAGCCUUCGUCAUUCUCGUCACCAUUGACCGUGUCGGCCGUCGCUACCCGUUGGCUGUGUCACAUCUGGUGGCAGGCGCAGCUUGCACCAUCAUGAUUUUCAUCCCACAUGACCUACACUGGUUAAAUGUCAUUGUAGCCUGCAUUGGCCGAAUGGGAAUCACCAUUGUGGUCCAAAUGAUCUGCCUAGUGAACGCGGAGCUGUACCCCACCUUCAUCAGGAAUCUCGGAGUGAUGGUGUGUUCCUCCCUGUGUGACGUGGGUGGGAUCAUAACCCCCUUCCUAGUCUUUAGGCUGAUGGUGGUGUGGCAGGCCUUGCCCCUUACUUUGUUUGGGGUAUUAGGCUUGGCUGCCGGGGGAAUGACGCUGCUUCUUCCAGAGACCAAGGGGGUCGCUUUGCCAGAGACCAUCAAGGAUGCUGAGAACCUCCAGAGGAAAGCAAAGCCCAAAGAAAACACGAUUUACCUUGAGAUUCAAACGUCAGAGCAUCCGGGCAAAUGAGAGGUACUUUGCUGGGGACAGAGUGUCAGAGGAUGGAAACGGAGUGACCCUCUGCAGAGACCCUUAGAAGCCCUUACUCCUCUGUUUCCAGCCUCUGACUUGCCUACCAACAACAACCCUGAAGAAUUGUUUAAAUGGGCUUUGUCUUAAUUCAGUUUCUUACUUUUAAGUCCUCCAAAGCCCUGGCGAUCCUUCAUCUGUUCGUCCACUCUAGUGAGAGUGGUUUGUACUCUUGGGAUCAGGUACUUAAUUAUCUAAUGUAUUUUGAAGAAUCACUACUGGUUUUCAAGAAAAAGUAUUGUUUCCUUUACUCCCUGAAAGAGAAUGCCUUUGCAUUUGAAGGUGUCUGCAUUGGCAAAAGCACGUUGGCCUGUGGAUGGCUUGGACAGUAGCUGCCCUCCACGUCUGUGGGUCCCACAGUUGUUGAUUCAACCAACCACAGACGGAAAAUGUUCAGAAUAAAAAGGAUGAUUACACCUGCACUGA